UAUAAAUAGUUCCUUCUGUCUCCAAGACAGAAUGGCAACUGGCCAGUAUGUUACGCAGUGUGAUGUAAUGUUGUGUAAAUGGCGUGUGUUUUAUUCUUAAGGUUAAUACUGUCGCAAAUUAGAAGAUAAAGAAUUAUAACAGGAUAUUCAGAUCAUCGCAAAAAUGGUAUAACAAAACGAUACUUUUAGGAAAUUCUUAUUACAGUUUUAAAAUGGUUUUAUUUUUAAUCUUCUACAAGAAAAUUCCUUUCAAGAGUAUGGCCACAUUUUCAACCAGAGGAUCAAUAACUGGCAGAAAUAAUGCCCGGACGUAUCUCACCAAACUAAAUGACUUCACUAAGAAAUAUCCUCUUACUCGGGGAAUGAUUGCAUACUCUCUUACUUGGCCUAUUUCCAACUUAUGUCAGCAGGCCAUACGUGGAAACAAAGAAUGGGAUUUUGCUGAAGCACUAAGGUUCUGCUUAUAUGGCAGUUGUUUUGUGGCUCCAACCCUGCAUGGAUGGCUUAGGCUAGCUGCCAACAUGUGGCCUGAACUAAACUUCAAAUCAGCAAUUGCCAAGGCACUUGUUGAACAAAUUUGUUACACCCCAUUUGCUAUGGUGUGUUUCUUUUUUAUAAUGACACUACUAGAAGGGAAAACAAUAGGAGAGGCUUCAACAGAAGUAAAAGUCAAAUUCUUCCCAACUUACCAGGUUGGUGCAUGUGUAUGGCCAGUUGUCCAGACCAUAAACUAUACUGUUGUGUCUGAGAAGAACCGUGUUCCAUUCGUUGGAAUCUGUAGUCUGCUUUGGACUUGCUUCUUAGCAUACAUGAAACAACUGGAAGCACAAAAGCUAGCAAAGAUACAAGAAACAAGGAAGCUAGGAACUGAACAACGAGCAAGUACACAUAGUACAUAUGUAAUUCUGGUGCAGUAGUUUUGCUAAUAAUUGUCAUUAUAAUUGUGAAAAUCUAAACUUAAUUGUGUAUAGAAGCUUUAUGAAAUAAAUGUUAUAUGUAAUAACAAAUAUACAAUGAAAUUCUGAGGAACUUAAUACAAAAACAA